UACAACUCAACCAUUUGAAACAGAAUUUAAAAUACUUAUAUAUAUGUUUCAAUACUUAAUAGAUGUUCAUGCACACGUUUAUCCUUCCUCUUUUCCGAAUACGCCGAUUGAAGAAAUACUUUCACGCGCAAAAACUGCGAAUGUACAGUCAAUAGUUACUGUUUCAGAAACAUUGGAAGAUGCAAAAAGUAUACUAGGCUUGAAAAAUGGAACACUAUCUGAUUCAUUAAGAGAAAUGAUUGAACCCUGCGCAGGCUUACAUCCUGUGCAGCCAGUAGGAGCAAUGAGUUUAGUUAGUACAGAGCAAGCUAAUAGUAUCCUUGAAUUCAUCCAGGAGAAGUCAACUGAAUUAGUUGGAAUUGGAGAAGUUGGUUUGGACUUUACUCCUCAUAUUUUAAAAAAUGCAAUUGAUUCAAAUACUAAUUUGAAUCUUAGUACUGAAGAAUUAAAAAAUAUACAACGACAAGUUUUAGCGCGACAUAUAGCGCUUUCACUUCAAUUAGAUCUUCCCUUGAAUGUUCAUUCGCGUAGUGCUGGUCAUCAUGCAUUAGAUUGCUUGCGAGAUUAUGGCGCAAGAAAAGUAGUAAUGCAUGCUUUUGAUGGUCAAUUAAAAUAUGCUAGAAAAGGAAUCGAAAUGGGAUUUUUUUUUUCAAUUCCACCUUCAAUAAUUCGAUCGCCUCAAAAACAAAAAUUAGCAGCAGAAAUUCCAUUAACAAACCUUUUGCUCGAAACGGAUUCUCCGGCGCUAGGUCCCACAAAAGGAGUCGAUAAUGAGCCAAAUAGUAUUAUUAUAAGCGCAACAGAAAUUUCUAGAAUCAAACAGAUUCCAAUCGAGGAAGUGAUUCAACAAACAACGAAGAACGCAUUCAAGUUAUUUUCGAGAAUAAAUAUUAAUCGAAAAUCUUCUCUAUUAACCAUUUAAAAAAUUAUAUUGUAAUUGUAUUUCCUUAUGAUUAAAAAUUAUUACAAAAAACUUUCAAGUAUACAUAUAAAUUCAUCACCAAUUACUAAAGUCACCAAAAUUAUAACCUGUAGCUUUUGAUUUCUUUUUAAUGGGUUCUGUAUCUAAUUCAUCAUUAUCAAAAUUCCGCUUUUUAAACGUCGAAGAUGUAGCUGAUUUCAAAUAUUUCCCCACACCAACUGAUUCAUUAUCUUUUGUCUCAGUUGAUGACGCUAAUUUCGUGCCAAACCAUGUAGUUGUAUCCUAUUUAUUAAAAUAUUAUUAAUUUUCAAUAAAUCAAUUUUUUUAAAAAUGCUUUUUAUAGACAUAAUCAAACCUUUUCUGUUUUCCCUCGCGGU